GCUGUGCCCGGGCAGGGGCCGAGCCGGGCACGAUGUGAAUGGCGCUGGGGGUGCUCAGCGCGCCCGACAUGGCCUGGGAGAAGCUGAGCCGGCGGCCCGGGCUCUCGCUGCGGGUGGACCGGCUGGAAGAGGGUGACUGGGAGCCCCCGGCCGCCUGGCAGGGCUGUGGGCGCCUCCGGCCCUCCUCGUACCGGGCCCUGCGCAGCGCUGUCUCCACCCUGGCCCGCAUCGACGACUUCUACUGCGAGAAGAUCGGAGCCGGCUUCUUCUCCGAGGUCUUCAAGGUGCGGCACCGCCAGUCCGGCCAGAUCAUGGUGCUGAAGAUGAACAAGCUGAUGAGCAACCGGGGGAACAUGCUGCGGGAGGUGCAGCUCAUGAACCGCCUCUCGCACCCCAACAUCCUCAGGUUCAUGGGGGUCUGUGUGCACCAGGGGCAGCUGCACGCGCUCACGGAGUACAUCAAUGGCGGGAACCUGGAGCAGCUGUUGGACAGCCCGGUGCCUCUCUCCUGGGCCGUGCGCGUCCGGCUGGCCCUGGACAUCGCCCGCGGCCUGCGCUACCUGCACUCCAAGGGCAUCUUCCACCGCGACCUCACCUCCAAGAACUGCCUAGUGAAGAGUGAGGACAAUGGCUACACGGCCGUGGUGGGGGACUUCGGCCUGGCGGAGAAGAUUCCCACCUACAGCGAGGACGCUCUGAAGGAGCCGCUGGCCGUGGUGGGCUCGCCGUACUGGAUGGCCCCAGAGGUGCUGCGUGGGGAGCUGUACAACGAGAAGGCUGACGUCUUUGCCUACGGCAUCAUCCUGUGCGAGACCAUCGCGCGGGUCCCCGCUGACCCGGACUACCUGCCCCGCACCGAGGAUUUUGGGCUGGACGUCGCCGCUUUCUGCAACAUGGUGGGGGACGACUGUCCUGCAGCCUUCCUCCAGCUGGCCUUCCACUGCUGCAGGAUGGAGCCGACAGCCCGACCCGCCUUCGUGGAGAUCACGCAGCGCCUGGAGGGCAUCCUGCAGCACCAGCUGGGAGUGGGGGGCACCGGCGUCGACCCGCAGAGUGAUGGGGAGAGUGUGCCCCCGCCUGGGACCCUGGCCACGCUGAAUGGCGAGGCAGCGAGCGAGUCCGCGCUCCCUGAGCAAGCUCCGCCGCGUGACCUGAGCUGGCCGCACCUCCAGCCCGACCCCCACCUCGCCCGCAGCCGCUCGGACAUGUUCCCGCCCAGGUCCCCGGCCCAGCUGCUGCCCCAGGAGCCCGACGCAGGCGCCCGCCCCAAGGAGCUGCCGCCGCGUCUCAACCCCUUCUCCCAGCGCCAGGACCUGAAGGGCGGGAAAAUCAAGCUCUUCGACACGCCCAGCAAGUCGCUCAUCUCGCUGACCUUCGCCCUGCCGCCGCCCGCCCCCUACCAGCUGGGCACACCCAUCACGCCCGAGCCCGUGGUGGAGGCGCAGUGCGACUUCUCCGCCCCCCUGCUGCUGACACGCAAGUGCCGCUCGCUACCCGCGUCCCCCGAGCCGGCCCGCCGGGGGUGCCUGGCUCUGCGGGGGGAGCCGGCCCGCGCCUGCUGCCGGGAGGAGACCCCAGCGUGUGGGGAGAGCCCCCAGCCUCACAGCCCCUUCCCAACUCGGAGCUGGGGGGCAGCAGGGGAGGUGGCAGGGCGCUCACCCCUUCCCAGCCCCCCCGCAGUGGAGCAGAUGGACUGCAGCCCUGACAGCCCCGAGCCAGAGCCGGCGCCCACCCAACCGCUCACCCACAGCACCUUCCUCAGCACGUCGGCGUCGGGUGCCCAGCCCUGGCCGCCGGGGCCCCCCAACGGCCUGCCCCUCACCAACAACAGCGUGGUGGUGAGCGCCCCAUCCGGCUGGGGCCACGGCCUGGAGCGCGGCUUCUCGGAGCUCAGCAUCCCCUGCACGGGGGCCUUGGAGUGGACGGAGCACUCGAGCGCGCUGCCCCGGCACGCCUCCAGCGCCGGGCUGGAGCAGGACGAGGUGCUGGCCUGCCCUGGCUGCUGCCUGGGCCCCUUCAGCUUCAGCUUCGCCUCCGUCUGCCAUCGGCCCACGCCCAGCCCGCCCCGCUACCAGCACCUCACCUGCGAGGCCAAGAGCCUCCUCUGCCAGGACAAACACCCGCCCAAGCCCAGCCUCAAGCUGCCGGAGGCACAGUCCUAGUGCUGGGCAGACGGGACGAUGGACACGACCCCCCGCGCGGCUCUGGCUCUCUGCCACGGCCUGCGCUGAGCAGGGCCCGGAGCCCUGAAAUCCCAGCACCUUGCCCACGUGCCGGGACCCGGUUCUGCCCUGGUGACAUGGCUGCCCCUAGGGCCACUCGCUGUGUUGGUGAGACCAUCAGCCAUUGCCAAGGCCACGCACAACCUGGGCUCACAUCCUGGCUGGCCCAGUGUGACCGGCGGGUGGGGAGGGGGGCUCGUGUAGGGAGCUCCAGGCCGGGCACGGACCCAGCAGCGAGGUGGUGCCAGCUCUGAGCGGGGCUGGCUCCCUGCAGUGGCACCAGGGGCCGGUGAGUCGAGCUGGGCUGACAUGCAAUAACAUGGCUGCCUCGUGCGCACGGCCACAUCGGAGCCGGCGCGUCCCCUAGGAGGGGGAGUGGUGCCGGUUCAUGCCGCACCGUGGGGACGGGGCUGGGUGGAGGGGCUCUGCACCCCCGAAAGCUCGGGGCUCCGGUGAGCAGCCACUGAGGUGCAGCGCUGAUGGACCAGCAGGGCAUGGUGCCACCCGGGAGUCUCUGGCAAGGCAUGUGGGGGCAGGUAGACCCUCCAUCCCGCCCUCCCUGCCCGCGGCUGUGGGGAGAGGAGUGGCACAAUCGGGGUCAUUCUGGGGCCUGGGGCUCCUCCCUGGUCGCCUGUCCCUGCGUGUCCGCUCCCCGGCCCCCGCAGUCAGAGGUGAUGGGAGCACAAGCCGGGGGGGGGGGGGCGUGGUGGGUGCUGGGGGGCAGCAGUGUGCACUCGAGGCUCUCCUCUCUCCAUCACACAUGGGUAACGGGUGAGCCAGGCGCUAAGCCGGGGUGACAGCGUGACGCCCUCCCCCAUGGAACCCACCUGUCCGGGUGGGGGGCAGGAUCUGCGCCCUGCUGGGCACGGAGCAGACUGGAUGCCAGUCACGGGUGAGUGGGGAUAAAUACCCCCCCUUCACUUCCUGGUUCAGGCCCUGCUCCCUCCGUGGCAGCUGUGAAGUGGCCAGUGGGGCAGAUCUUUGCUAUAUGGUGGCUGGGGUGUGCCCCCCCCGAGCUGUGUCCCCAAGCUCCCCUGCCCGGGGGCAGCACCCGGGCUCCCCCCAUCCAACGUAUACAAUGCACUGGUGAAUGCAAACUCUUGGUUUUUAUUCUGAUAAUAAUUGCUAGUAAUAUAUGCAGCUGAUUUAAGGUGUUCAUCAGCGUCCCCUGUGUGUGUGCCGUGCGGGGAGGCGAGGGGGGAGGCUGAGCUGGCUGGCUGGUCACAGGACAGGGACACAGCCGGGCCUGGGAGCGCAAGUCAGGAGAGCCCACCUCAAAGGAGACCCCUCGGUGGUGUCUGUGCCUCGGUUUCCCCAUCUGUGCCCUUAGGACUGCACAGAGCCCUGGGGGUGGGGAGCGUGUCAGCAGCACUGAAGGCUGUUCCAGGCCCCUGGGGCCCCUGGUUGCAGCGUGGGGUGAAGGAGGUGGUGGGGGGCAGGCACUCGGGCAGUGGGGCAGGUAGGAGAUGCAAAGGGAGGUGUCGCUGUGGAGGGGGCUGGUCCCUGCUGCCCUCCCGCUGGGCCCAAGGGGAUCCACUGGUGGGAGGGAUGGAGCCGGUCCUGUGCUGGGAGCACGCUGGAGCCACCCUGCCUCCAGCCUGGCACCAGCAUCUCGGGAUGGGGCAUGAGCACUGCCCCGUCUGCCCCCUGGCCCUGCACUGCCCCCUCCGCUCAGCCCAGCCCCACUGCAGCGCGGCUCCCACACCAGCCUGGCCCCAGGCACAUGGCCAGCUCCCACCCCCCUGGGCUCACGGCUCAGUGACCCUCCUUGGUCAUAAACUUUCACACGCCAGCGCAAGCCAAACUCCCGGGCCUGCCCUGCCCUCAGCACCGGCCCCCUCCCACGCCCUCUGCUCGCCGCCAACCUCUGGCCGCGCUCGGCCCUGCACUGCCGGGGGGGGGGGGGGGGGGAAGCGUGUUCUGUCUCUGAAGUCUGGGGGCAGGACUGGGGGUGCCAUGUUCUGUCUCUGAAAACCGGGGAGUGGGGGGGGCGUGUUGAGUCUCUGACCCCCAGGGGAGUGGGGGGGGGGAUGGGCACGGGAUGUGCUGUGUCUCUGAAGCCCAGGGGGUGGGGG